AUGGUCGGCGAUGACAGAAAAGAAGAUUCGAAGGGCAUUGUCCCAGCCGUAUCCGAUGAACAGCUUUUCGAGGCUGUCAAGAAACACUCCAAGCCUGCUGGUCGUGUUUUUCAAUAUGGUACCGCGGGGUUUCGAAUGAAGGCCAACCUCCUCGACUCGGUCGUCUUUCGCGUUGGACUUGCGGCUACAUUACGCUCUCGCGAAUUAAACAAGACAAUUGGAGUCAUGAUUACAGCUUCUCACAACCCUCCAGAGGACAAUGGCGUCAAGUUGGUCGAUCCAAUGGGUGAAAUGUUGAGAGAAGACUGGGAAGGGAAGGCUACAGAGCUCGCGAAUGCUGCUGAUGAGGAUGUGGUCGCACUAUAUCGGAAGCUCGAGGCGGAGCUGGGCAUCAAACCAGGAGACGACAACUCUGCUUCGCGCAAGGAGUAUGCAAAUGUCGUUUUUGCUCGCGAUACCAGAGCUUCUGGGCCAAAAUUGGUUACGGCGCUCGUGGAUGCUUUCAAAGCAACUGGAAUCGCUCAUGCCGACUACAAACUGCUCACCACGCCGCAAUUGCAUUACCUUACAAGGUGUACGAAUACCGAAGGCACAUCCCAGGCAUAUGGUGUUGUAAGCGAGGCAGGAUAUUACGAGAAAUUGUCAGACGCCUUUGUGAGAGCAAUGGAUGGCAGAAAAGCGAGGGGCAGUCUGACAGUUGACUGCGCCAACGGUGUGGGGGGUCCAAAGUUGGCUGCUUGGGUGAAAACGCUGCAAGCUGCCGAGGAGAAAGUACAGGCUGAAUACCUCAGCCGCAAGCCUCCGAUCAAGAAGGAUAUGAAGACUGCGUUGGAAAUUAAGAUUGUUAAUGAUGAUGUUCUAAGAGCAGAGGUGCUCAAUCAGGAUUGUGGUGCAGACUUUGUCAAAACAAAACAACGUGCCCCGCCAUCAUCCAAGGCCGGUCCUAAUGAGCGUUGCUGCUCGUAUGAUGGUGAUGCGGAUCGCAUUGUCUUCUACUUUAACGAUCCUGAGCACGGGUUUCGUCUGCUAGACGGUGACCGUAUCGCUACGCUUGCUGCAUCUUUCAUUGGAGAUCUUGUACGCGAGGCAGGAUUCGCAGACGAACUUAGCAUUGGUGUCAUUCAAACUGCCUAUGCGAAUGGUGCCAGUACGAAAUACGUCGAGCAGACCUUAGGAUUACCUGUUGUGUGCACCAAGACAGGCGUAAAGCACUUGCACCACGCAGCACUAAGCUUCGACGUCGGCGUAUACUUCGAAGCAAACGGCCACGGAACAGUCGUCUUCUCAGACAAAUCCCUCGACCUCUUCAAGAAAAUCAUCAAAGCCGAGAAAUGGGAAUCCCCCGCCCAACAAAGCGCAAUCAUGACGCUCUCCGCCCUCACAGACCUCAUCAACCAAACCGUCGGCGACGCCCUCUCAGAUAUGCUUCUCGUCGAAGUAAUCCUCGCCCAUAAAUCCUGGACACCUAAAGAAUGGGAUCUCACCUACACCGACCUUCCUAAUCGUCUCGUUCGCGUCGAAGUUGGAGACCGCGGUCUCUUCACCACCGAGCACGCUGAACGAAGACUCGUGACGCCAUAUGGCGCACAAGCUCAAAUCGAUGCGCUUGUCUCGAAAUUCAAAGAUGGGAGAUCGUUUGCUAGAGCUUCUGGUACUGAAGAUGCUGUUCGUGUGUAUGCUGAGGCGCGCACGAGAAGCGAGGCGGAUGAUUUGGCAAAUAAAGUCGCGCUUGUUGUUAAGCAGGAAGGCGGUGGGCAUUAA